AUGACAAAAACUAGCAAAGCAUAUCUUAAAGGGCACACUAUCAAGGCUCCCAAGGCCAUCAAGGCUCCCAAGGAGCAGCCAGUGGCCUUCAUCAACAGAAGGGGCUUCCAUUCCGUUGAUGUUCAACUGGUCUGCGACCAUCGAAAGUACUUCCUGCAGGUGUUUGCACGGUUCCCAGGAAGCAGCCAUGAUAUCCAGGCAAUCCCAGGUGCCACAGCUUUUCCAGCCCCUGCUGUCUUCGUGGACAGAUUUGCAAGGACAGAGACAAGGCUGCUUAUGCCCGUGAGGAAUCUUGCACUGCAGCAGAGGCAAGUAUUCCUUACUACAACAUGUUCCAUAUUCGCUCAAGAGACUGUAAAUCCCCUUGUAGGGGUUUUAUUUCUCCAUGUGUUGGAGAGGGACUACUAUCAAGAAGGAUUUCGUUCCUUCCAGGAAACAUAUGGUAUAAUUACCAAUACUCCUAUCACAUUCAGCACCAACCUAGAUGAUCACCCUGAUCGACCACGAUGGCUUCGCUUUACUCAGCGGACUGCAUACCAUGAUGGAAUGCUUUAUGGCUCACCAACCUUUGAAGAUAUUGGACAGAGAAUAAUUGAAGUUACCGCUUAUAAUAGGAAAACAUUUGAGACAACGAGACAAAGCAUCAUGUUUAAUGUCGAACAGCCGAUAGGGUUGAACUUGGAAUACCAGGUUGAAUUCUUUGUGAAGAACAGAGAUGUGGAGGAGGUAUUGCCCCUGGAGGUUCAAAAGCACUUCAUGGACAGAGUGCAGAACAUUUGGGAAUCUAAUCAUUUGACCAUAAUCAACAUCACUUCUGCAUUAGACAGAGGUGGCCGAAUCCCACUGCCUAUUCAAGGACGGAAAGAAGGUGUGUACAUAAAGGUUGGCUCUCAUAUUCCCUUUCCCUCUUGUCUGGAGGAGGAAGUGCGCCCUGAAGGACAGUGCAUUGACCAACUGGAACCCAUCAGCUGCGAUGAUGUAUUUAGUCCUUAUUUUAUUAUUAACUGGUGCAAUAUUUCAUUGAUUGAUAAAUCCAUACCUGAUAUCCCGGAUGCUGAUAUAGUUCCUGGAGAUGGUGUCCUUACUGAUGGAGGAGAAUUUAACCCACCUUCAGAUUCGCUUGAAGACAGGGACUACUACUUAGACUACGUGGUUACAAUAACCGUUCCUUUAGCAAUUGGUCUGAUUCUGUGUCUCAUCCUUGCUUAUAUAAUGUGUUGCCGUCGAGAGGGCUUGGAAAAAAGAGACUUAAGGACUUCGGACAUUCAACUUGUCCAUCAUCACUCAAUUCAAGAUAAUACCAGUGAACUUAGAGAUUUGGCUAAAAGCAGGGAAGGCCUACGGCCUCUCUCCACUCUCCCCAUGUUUAAUGCAAGAACUGGGGAAAGAGUUCCUCCAUGUCUGCCUUUCAACUAUGACACUUCCCGUGUACCUCUUGUAUUGGACCAACAGGAACCACACAGCGAUCCUUAUCCCGGAAACCAGCCAAAGACACAACAGCAAAAAGACAUUGGUAAAUAAAGGCAUAAGAAAGAUUGCUGGCUGGAUGCUAAUCACUCCAGCACAAAAUAUAUUUUCCAUAAUGAAAAAGAGAAACAAGUCAAAUUAGAAAUGCAUGCAUACUUAGAUUUAUGCCAUUGAUUUCUCAUGAUCAAACAUUAUGUGUACUGUAAUGACUGCUGACAUUUACAGCACCUUAUUCUAAGCAGGCUGCAUAGCUGAAUAAACAAAUCGCUGCCAUUAAGUUGAAUUUACAAUGUGUGGUUAUAACAAAUUUACAUGUUAUGAGCAUAACAUGUUUGUGAAAAUAGCAGUGACAUUGCAUUUACAUGGUAAUAUCACUCCAUGUGCUUUCAGUGCUACGUUAGAAACAUUUUAUAGUUUUACAUACAGAACAACAAAAUGAGGGGAUCUAGUUACAAGGCAAAAAUGCAUUAAUAUAACAAAGAUUUUGUGGUUUAUGGAUGUUAUCUGGAUACUUAUAUUGAAUUAAUUCUUUAUCUUAAUUUUAUUUUGUGCAAUACAGGUUUUGUAGGCUUUCAUUUCUUAUGUUUUUCACAGUUUUUGUACAAAACACAUAGUGGGUUACAGUGGAGCAUAUUUAACUCCAUUGACUGCAACAGAAAAAAUUAUCAGGCGCUAUGUAGAACAGGUAGCCAAUCUAAUACCAGCUGUUUGGGCCACUUCCCGAGGCAAAUUUCCACCCCAAUAUCUCCACAGAAAAUCAUUUGAUGCCAAAAUUGCUAGUACCUUCAAGGA